AUGGUGGACACUGCCUCGAAGCAUCGAGCUGAGUUUGCUUUUGCUCAGCUUGAGAACGAGAGAUCUCUGACAUCUCUUCGUGACGAGCUAAGGGUAGCUCGUGGGAUUGUUGAUCGGUCUCGGGCUGAGAUAGUUGCUCUUCAGACCCUUGUUGAUGCCCACCAUCGGGAGCACAAGGCUCUCUGCGAGAUGCUUGAGCGCAAGGGCGUUCUUCAUCGGAAGAAGCAGCGUACUGAUGGUACGGCUUAA